GGUAGCAAACCACAACCUGUGCGAGGACGGGACAGGUAAACGCUGGCAGCAACUCCCGCGAAAAGACACAGCCAGGACGCCGCUCCUCCAGCGAGCUCUCCCGCCUUUUGCGGGAGCGAAACAAAAGCGACAAAAGCCGGAAAAAAACCCCCCAACCAAACCACAAAGCACCCAACCCCCUCAGCCAAGCGCGGCCCCCCCAGCUCCCCGUCCCUCGGGCGCGAACUGCCCCUGACGCGCCUCUCGUCACUCGGCCCUGCCCCGGCGGGACGGCCCCGCCCCGGCUCAGGCGCCGCCGCCGCCCGGUGUCCGCGGGCGGCAUGAGGAGAGCCCGGGGGCGGCUGCCGGGGCCGCCAUGUCGCUGCUGUGCGUGCGAGUAAAAAAAGCUAAACUCCAUGGACCACCAGAUAAAUUCAAUACAUAUGUGACACUGAAGGUGCAAAAUGUGAAGAGCACGACGGUGGCCGUGCGCGGUGACCAACCCUGCUGGGAACAGGACUUUAUGUUUGAGAUCAACCGACUGGACCUGGGACUAAUUGUUGAAGUAUGGAACAAAGGACUGAUCUGGGAUACCCUGGUUGGGACUGUGUGGAUUGCUCUGAAGGCCAUUCACCAAUCUGAUGAGGAAGGUCCUGGGGAAUGGUCUACGUUGGAGGCAGAAGUUGUAAUGAAACAUGAUGAAAUCUGUGGAACCAAAAACCCAACUCCUCAUAAAAUUUUGCUGGACACAAGAUUUGAAUUACCUUUUGAUAUCCCUGAAGAAGAGGCCAGAUACUGGACCAGAAAAUUGGAACAAAUAAAUUCACUGGGAGAUGAUGAGUACUCCUUUCAGGAGGAAGUCCAGAAGAAACCAUUGCCCAGUGCUGCCUCCCAGUGUUGCAGCUGGAGUUAUUUCGGAUGGGGAGAACAGCUGACCUUUGAAGAUGCUGACAGUGCUGUGGAUGACCGGGACAGCGACUACCGCAGUGAGACCAGUAACAGCAUCCCCCCUCCGUACCACACCACGGCCCAGCCCAACGCCUCCGUGCACCAGUUCACGGCACCCUCGCGCCUGCAGCAGCAAGGGGUCCUGCGGGAUUCCUGUGCUGACUCCCUGCAAAGCUAUGAUCUGGAUUACCGGGAGCACGUGGCCAUCAGACAAGGAUCUCUAGCUAGAAAUGAAAGAGUCAGGAUCAUUCCAUUUAACUCUGAAGAUGGAGAAGAAGAAGAGGAGAGUAACUAUGAAGAGCUAGGAAAAUUGCUAAUAGAGGAAUUCUUAGAAAAAAAUCAUAAAAAUAGAAGUUGGCAUGAGAAAAACAUUAAAAAGAUGCAGACUCUCUCAAAACGAGAAAAUUUCAGUCACUGUGAAAGAUCAAGGUGCUGCCAAAGGGUAUGUGUGGAGUCAGGAUCUGUAGAUGUCCCUAGAUAUCCUGAGGAAUAUGAUACAAUAGAUAGAAGAAGGAAAAAGAAGCUGCGAUACAAUUUUGGAGGGAGAGAACAAAUAAGCCUGCAAGGUAAUGGAGGUCUACAUUUUCCUGGGGAGAAGGCAGUUUAUUUCAAUGGUGUGGCAACUAGUUCUGAACUAGUUGAUGAUUUCCCAGUAUAUGAUAGAACUGGAAAAUAUACCAGUAGCUCAGAAAGUAAGGAACGGUUGCCUGCUUAUCCAAUCCUGCGUCCAUACAAAAAUGGGUUAAUGGUUAAAAGUGGCAAGCUGCCCAUCAAGCAGGGAAUGAACCAUGAGGACUCACUUCACCUCAGUAACGCUGAAGACAUGAAACACAUCGGGAUGCCAGAAAACACUUUUGUGCCUGUGGAUGUCCUUGAGGAGUUUGACAGCAGUGCUUCUGAUGAGUUCCAGUACUCGCCUGUUUCGGAUGAUGAAAUGGAGGAACUGGCUACGCUUUCAAAAACAUGGUGUGAUUCUGACAUCAACCAUUUGAGAAACUUAACUGUUAAUGGCCCUGCAAAUAUGGGCUCCCAAAAAAAGGCUAGCUCUGAUAAAAAACAUAAAACUAAAGAGAGCAAGCGUGUUCAUACUAUGCAAGACUUGACACUGUCUCCUGUUGAAGAACCCAGCGAGGAGUACAUAGACACAAUGGAUGAACUUCAGUGUCUAGUAGAAUCAGUCUCAGAAUACUUGGCUGAAAAGGAGGAAGAAAUCAGCAAAUUUGGUACAUUGCCAGAAACCAGAAAAAAUGUUGAGAGCAUGCCACUGAAACAGGGUAAUGCUGAUAAUUCAGUAGAAGCUAAAAAGUCUGAAGAGACCAAACAACCUGCUGCGGAGGAGAGUACCAAAGGCAAAUCUGAAUCUCUUCCAGACUUGUCAGGUGUGAAAAAUACAGUAAAUUCCCUGUUCAGCUCUUUCACAGAAAAGGUAGGGUCAAGCACAAAGCAGCUCACAGCAUCUGUUGAAAAGCUUGUUUCUUCCACUCCAGAGAAUACAGAAAACAAAAACUCAUCAGAAGGUGGAAUCUUGAAUGUAUUUUCUAAUAAGUCUAAAAGCGAGAGGUCAUCUUCUGGAGGAGCAGCAGAUAAUAAAUCUGACACCAAGUUCUCCAUUCAGUCUUUGCUACCAUCCCCAGUGAGUGGUGAUAAAAGAGCCCAGAACAUAAACUCCAACAAGCCAGAAACCACUGAGGUGGACAGUAAGGCUUCUGCACCACAUCAUCCCCAACAGUCACAAGGAACUGCUGCUGACGGCCAGCAGAACCAACAUUCAGUUGUGAAUUCAGUUCUAGGCAUGUUUAAUCCUUUAAAGAUCUUCUCUGAGAAGGAAGUGCCAAAGCAAGAAGUCAUAAAGGAGGAGCACACCAAGGAGGACAGCCAGGCUGCAAAAGUUGAUGAGGCAAACAGGAGUGAAACACCAUCUGGACAGACGUCAGCCAGGACCAGCAGCAUUGUUCCAGAGGUACAGAAAAGUGAGACUGGAAGUGAGGCAGAGGUAAACGCAAAUAGCACUUCUGUGUCUUCAAUCUUUGGCAGGCUCACGAAUUCAGUCAGUUCCUUCAGCCUGAAAGCCAAUUUUGAUGGUCUCUUGGCUCCCAAGCAGCAGGAUGUGCCAGAGAAGCAACCAGAUUUGCAUCCUGUUACAAACCAACCAGCUGCCACUGUGAAAGAGGGUGCACCGACUGCCAGGGAGCAGCCUCCUGCAAAUCACUCAGGGGAUCAGCAUACUGCAGCUCAUGGACUGGGAAACAAGCAAAACAGAGGUAAUGUGGAACCUAAUUCACAACCUCAAGGUCAGGGUACAGCAUCUGAAAGCUUUUUCAGUCCACUCAAAAAGUCUUUCAGUCAGUUGUUGCUUCCUUCUGCUGAACAAGGGCAGAAAGAAAGUACAUCUGAGCAUUUUAAAGGCCAUAAGUCUGAGGAGGAUGUAAGACAAAAUAGUUCAUCAAAGGAAGAACAGUCAUUUCCUUUCACUGGAAAACUUCCUUUUUUCAGUGGUCUGGGUUUUUCAGCAAAGCAGGAACAGAAGAAUGAGAAGGGAGGCUUUAUUCCUUCGUUAUUUAAAUUUUCUUCUGCAGAAAAUCUAGCACCUACAAAGGACCAAAGAAGUGACCAGAGUUCUAACGACAAUUCUUUACCUGGAGACAGAAACAGGAAUUCAGAAAAUGCCGUUUCAUUAAAAUCUAGCUCAGUUCCAAAUUUAUCAGACCAUAAGGAGGAACUUUUACAGAGAAAAAGUACAAAUAAAGAAAAUCUAUCUAGUGGCCAAGGAAACACGGAAAAGCACCAGGAGAAUGGCUCUGCUACCAUUAAGGCUGCAGAAGAGCAGCAGAGAACCAAGAGUACUCAGGAAGAACCUAGAAAUGUAAAAGAAGGACUGAUGAAGGAAGGACUGAACAACAGCUCAGUUGAAUCCACCUCUUCAGCCAGAGGGCCAGAAGCUGCAAGUGCAGACGACGUGGAGAAGAAGCACACACCAGGUUUUCUUUCUGGGUUCCUUCGCAUUUCUUCCAAUGAAAACACAGCCCAUAACCAAGACCUAACUGCUAAAAGUGAGGGUGAUGGCCAGAAAAGCACUUCUCCUGGAUUAUUGUCUGGCUUAUUUAGGUUAGCUUCAAAUGAAAACUUGUCUGAAUCUAAGCAAGAGAAGGUGAAAACAAACUCUCUGGGCUUCAUGAAGCUCUUUGAUAAAGGUGAGGAUUCUAGCUCAGAGACAAAACCCAGCAACUCGGGAAUGGCUUCUGACAGUCAAAGCAGCACUGGAGAAAAACAGGAAGCUUCCAGCUUCUUAAAAAAUCUCCUGCCUAAACCAAAGGAGAAACAAGAUCAUGUGAAAACAGUGGAAUCUUCCAAAACUACUGACCACUUGUCCGGUGCAAAAGUAAAUAAAACAGCUGAGCCACAUGCUCCCCACUGUGGGCAUCCUGUGCAACCUGAAGCUCUAAAUAUGCAAGACAAGGUACAGGACUUAUCUGGAAAGCCUAAAAAUAGUAGACAUAUUCCUCAUCAGGAUGUAGAAUCUAGAGUAAUUCCAACUCCUUUAAACAAAGGAUCAAAUGAAUUUCUCAAUUUGACUAAUAAAAGCUAUAACCCUACGGAGCAGUACUCAGUUUAUCAGGAAACAAGAAGCCAUUCUGGCUUUGAAUGGGAAUAUGAAAUGGGGGAACUGGCUGACACUCAUGGAAUAGCAGUUCCAGUUUACUACGUGUUAAACCAGAACUCUGUUCUGCCCCCUCAGUUCCUGGACUGGCCUGCAAAUGAUACGGUAGUGAAUCUGUGUAAAAAGGAUGGGAAUGCAAAUGUGAUGGAUUGGCAGACUAAUGCCAAUUUUGAUGGACAGAGUUUAGAUUUAAGUGCAAUAUCGUAUGAGUCAUUUGACCAGUUAAUGUUUCAAGAUGUUUGUUCAGAAGAAAAUGAUGCGUGGGCUGCUAAUUCUGUGAAUGAAAGUUACAGUAACUUUCCACCCUUUGAAAGAGAUGUCAGUUACUCAUUUGAGGAGCUGCCCAUGGAUUUAAGCUACUCCUCUGGCUGUGAUGGAACAAUGUGGACACUAAUUGACCAAGAGACUUUAAGUAUGGACGAGAGCUUCAUGUACUCAUCCUAUAGCCGAGAGUAUCAGGAGUGGAUAACGAUGCUUGAGCAGGGCAUAUGGUGGCCAUCAGAAGAUGGUGAUUGUGGAUACUACAUGUACAGUGAUAGCCAGUACGUGUAUUCACUGCUCACUGAUCCCACUGGACAGUAUGUCUACGUGUGCGCUCCUGAAACUUAUUCUUACCCAGACUGCUGGGAUUAUAACUUUCAGAUGGAUUCCAUUCCAAGAGCUGUGCUAGAAGACAACACAAUUGCUGUUUGUGGUUUUAAAGUCCCUCUUGGCAGUGAAGAUGAGCUGUUUUGGUUUGCUGAAGAAGAGUCUCUAGAUGAUUAUACAACAAAUAAACCCCUGGAUUUGUCAGUAGCUCUGCAGAGGAGUGAUCAGCUAAUGAACAUGAAUUUGGAAACCUUUUCACAAAUGUUUGAGGAGUCUAUUUAUUAUCAGAGAGAGCAGCCAUUAGACUUCUCAGGUUAUAAGCUUCAGAAGCUCAAAGUAGAUUUUAGGCCUGAGAAGGAAACCCUGAAUCAUUCAGAGGAGCCUCCAUUAACCCUUGAUCUCAGAACACAUUCCAGAGCAGCUUUCAAUAAAUCCCUGAGUAAGGAGGUCCACACUAAGGGAGUCGAGAAGGCUGUCCCUGUGACAACUUCUGGGGGUGGGUCAUCAGGAUUCUUUGGUUUCCAAUUGUUUCAGUCUACUCCUAAAGCUGAGGAAACUGUAGCAUCUACUGAAAGAGUAACAGAAACAAAAAAGACAGAGGAAGAUAAGAAAACACCAGUGAAUAAAGUUAGCUCUUUAUUUUCUGCUUUGGGUGGACUAAUUGGAAAGUCUUCAGGCCCUGGCUCUGAGACAUCAGAAGAUUCUGCCUUGAAGAGGACAGACACACAGUCAAUAUCAUCUGAAAAUAAAACUGAUAUUUUACCACUUACACCAAAUAGAAAAUUGGAUGAGGCACAGGCAGGGCAGAAGUUUCCUGUGACAUCAGAACUGAGAAGGAAUGCCUCAUCAGAACUUAAUUUGGAGGCUGCUAGAAAGGAAAAGCCAGAAUUAAAUCAAACAGAAAACAUCCGUGUUAAAAAACCAGGAUUAACAAGAUCUCCCUCUGUACUGAGCCAGACUACUCCAGACAGCAGGCCCAUACGAGAAGAGAGACCUGUCAAAACAACACCAGCUUCCAGGCAUCUUGAAAGGCACGCAAACGUUAGUGAACCUUCUCAGUCACAGCCAAAUCAGAGCCAACCAGCCACUGAGCCUGAGGAGACAUUAUUUAAAAGUGCUCUAAAAUUGUUCAGUCUUGGAGAAGAUUCUCCUGCUAGCUCAACUGCCAACAAACCCCAAGCUUCUGGAUUUUUUGAUUUCUUUAAAACACAGGUGAGCAAAGCACCACAGCCAUCACCAGAUUUGAAGAAAAGUCAAAGUGAUAAACCAGAAGAGGUGAAACAGCCAGAACAGAAGGAAACCUCUGGCAUCUCAUCACUGUUUGGAUCCAUCGGAGAUCUCUUCAAAGUGGAGCCUGUGUCUUCUCAACCAACCUCAAGCACUACAACUCUUCCAAAAACCAAUAGCAGAACUGUGACUGAGCCAAGACAGAAAACUGAGAAGUCUGGGGGUCUUCAGAGUGCCAGUAUGCCGUGUCUGUCCUCCACCCCUAAGGAAGAGGUGAGAACGGAAGGUAUGGACAGCCAGGUCUCUCCUAGUCCUGGGGUGCAAAAGGAACAACAAAGCAGAAAAGCUGUGGAGGGGCCUCCUGAGAGUAAAAAAGUGCCUCCUGGGAAUGCUUCACAGAAACCAAUGGGUGUAGGUCCAAGAAUAAACCAGCUGAGCCAGUCAGCCGUGCAGCAAAGCAGCACACCCACAGUUACACCAAAGCAACAAGCAGGAGAUCGCUUAGGAGACACAACCAAUCGGACAAAACCGAAGCCAGACCAGACACCUAAAGAGUCAGGUUUCAGUUUGCCAUUCAGCUUUUCUGACAUCACUGCUCCGAAAUCACAGCCAGCCAGUAAGAGCAUAUUCUCCUUCUUCACUGGGUCGGAUGAACCAAAGCCUUCAGCACCUGCUGCUGCUCCUGCUGGCGGGAAGCAACAAGAAACAGAGGGACUGUUUCAUCUGCCCUCCUUCUUCUCCAGUGGUCCAUCUGCUGAGAAGAGCGUACCUCAAAGAAGCACUAGCUUUAGCUUCUUCAAUUUGACAUCGUUUUUGGAUGAAAAGCCUCAAACUACUCCAGGACAGGAGAAUAACACAAAACCAGCUAAACCAGUGAGUUCUAAGCCACCAACUGCUCAUAGACAGGAGAGUAAUACAAAACCGGCUAAACCAGUGGACUCUAAGCCACAUGUGAAGCAAAGUGUUUCCACUGACUCUGGUGUCAAAAGCAGCAGUUCUACCAGGCAACAAGAUGCAGACAAUAAAAAAGAAGUUGAUGAUAUUAUUGCAGCAGUGACUGGCAAACAAAUAUCUAAUGACCUCAGCAUCCCAGAAAAUAAAUCAGAAAUGCUGGCAGUGGAAAAUGUGAAAAAUAUAGAAAGUAUUGCUGCAGUAGCUGAAGAGAGUGACUUAGAAAAGCUUCCACAGACAGAUGACACUGCAGUAACCAAUUCAGCUGCUUCUGAUCCUUGCCUUCAGACUCCCACUGUGCAGGAAGGUUCUCAGACUAUUUCCCCAGGGGCAGAAGAAGAUGCUUUGCGUAAUACAGAAAAAAUGGACAGUCUUGAAUUUCCCAUUGAUAAAGAAGAGCCUUAUUCUUCAAAAGAGCAAACUUCUGAAAAGAUGGAUAAUAGCAUGUCCUCAGGUGAUAAGAUGGAUUCCCAGGGUCUAAAAGAUUUAAAUAGUACAAGUGACAUCAAAAAUGAAGCGGUCUCUGAAGAGGUCUGUGUACAGCAUGAGUUGCCAGAACAUGAAGUACCUGAACAAAAUCUUGGUGGCAGGUUAAAACAGGCACAAGAGCCAGAACAUAAAGUACCUGAACAAACUCUUGGUGACAGGUUGAAACAGACACAAGAGCCAGAACAUAAAGUACCUGAACAAACUCUUGGUGACAGGUUAAAACAGGCACAAGAGCCACACACUCCUCCUAAAAUGCCAGAGGCAUCUAAUUUUCAAAACAAACCUAAGGAACCUGAGGGUGAUAAAUCAGUUCUGGAUUCUUCAGUUGAAAUGUUUUCAAGUUUCAUGACAAAAAUGAAACCGCCUAAAACAUUUUCUGGUUUCUUUUCACAACCUCAAGCUACUGCACCUCCUCCUGCACAGAAGAGAAGCUCUUCUUUCUUUGGUUUCUCCUCCCUCCCAAGUGCCCCAGCACCAGCUUUCACAAAUGAUCUCUUUGGCAUCUUCAAAGGUCCAAAAGAACCUCCAAAAGAACCUCCAAAAGAGAUGCCUCCAAAAUCCACCCCUAAACCUCAAAGCAGUAGUGUGAAAGAUGUCACUGGGUCUGUUCCAGCAAAAGACUCUAAGGAGACAGAAAAUACAGAUGCAGCCAGAGAGUCUAAAAGAGACGUCUCAAGCUCUGUGAAGAAGGAUGUAUUACCUGUUUCAGCAGAAGAGAACUCCACAAAUGAGUCUCCUAUGAAAACAGAAGCUGAGUCAAAACAGAACUCGGAAACCUGUAAAGAGGAACCUUUGAGGAUCAUGCCAGAAACGGGAGUCUGUAGUGAGGAACAAGCCCCUGAGGUUCUGCAGCUCGAUAAGGAAGCACAACCCUCUGAGGUGGUAGAUACUCAGCCAUACCAGUCUGAUCUCAGGGAUGCAGUUGAUACAGUGCAGGCUGAGGCCACUGACCAGACUGAUGUAGGUACUUCCCAACUAGAUACGGGGUCUUCAGAUGUAGCAGAGGAACAAGCUGCUCCUGCAGACAAGGCAGCCAUUGACAUCCUUCCCUCUGACUCUACUAAUGAGCCUGCACUCGAAAUGGAAGCCCCAGCUAGUGAGGCAGGCACAAACCUUUCCCAGUUAGACAAGAGUGCUACACUUGAAUCAGAGGCUGCUGUUACAGGGGAUCAGGCCAAUGCUGGUGUUGAUCAGCAGGACUUGAUCAGUAACAAUGAUAGAGAACCCACAGCUCCAGCUGAUGAGCCCAGUGUUCAUCAGCUUCAGCCAAAUGAAGAUAAGACAAGUGAAGUAAAACAGCAAACUGCCAAAGAGGAGAAACAUUUAGCAAUUGAUGAAGUGCCUGCAGAAGGAAUUGCUUCCAAAUCUGACUUGAAGAAACAGGAUAAUGUCCCUCCAGAUACAAAUAGUAGUAAAAAUGUCUUUGAGAUACCAAACAUACCCAGUUUGCCAAAAUUCAGCUUUAUGUCAUCUUCUGAUAGUGGAAAGCCAUUUGGGUCGUUCUUCUCUCAGCAGCCACCCUCUGUUAAUAAAGCAGGAACAGAUCAGGGCCUCAUGUCCAGUUUUAAGAAGCUUUCUUCAUCUCUGUUUGAAGGAGGUAGUGAAGAAAAGGUGAGUAAGCCAGAGAGUGCCCAAGGAGCAGUAUUUGGGAAAAAGCUAGAUUUCUCCUUUCCCUGGCAAAAAGACAUCAGAGAGACCUCUGCCAAAAAGGAACCAAAUGUGCCACCACAGGCUUUGUCAAAACCAGAUGACAAGGUGUUAGGAACAGUCAGUUCAGAUGAAAACUCAAAAUCUGCAGUUUCAGAUCAACUGACAGAUGCAAAUAUAGAAGUAAAGUUGUCUUCAAAGCAGCCUGACACUGUAGACAAUGAACUUUCCAAAGAGCCAUCUGGUGCAAGCACUGUUGAUGAUACAUCCAGCAAAGAGCUGGGAGAGAAGUCUGGUAAAGAGUCAGAAGAUCAGCAGAAUGUGAUUUCAGGUGAACUGCAGAAGGACGAUCAGGCAGAAGAGCAUGUGACAGAGAAGCUUGAACUGGGAGAAACUGGGCUUGAUUCUGCUCCUGAUGGAGCAGUGCUUCAUCCUAACACACUGGCUGCAGAUCUGCAGAGCGUGGAACAACAGAAUGAGAAAAGGCUAGUUACAAAUGAGGCAUAAUAAAUGGGUUUUGACCAUUUAUAAUGCAACACUGCAGCAGUAGAUGAUGGCCUUGGUGUCUGAUGUUUGUAGCUCAGUCCCAUUCCCUAUCUGUUGUCAAUGUUUGUCACAGAGGUUAUGGCAAACUGCAGUUGCAGUUAUGUACAAGCCCUUAGACCAUUUUCUCACCUUUUUCCACUUUUCUUCUGCAAGUGUAAUUGAAUUUCCUAUGUUCUU